AUUAAAAACUUCAAAAUUUCUAAAAUAAUGAGAAAGCGCCUACGAACAGGUUUCUUUGUUAUUCGUUCUUGUUCUCAAACGUGAAAACCCUAAAUCCCAAAUCAAUUCUCGUUCUUCUUCCUCUCAAAUUGAAAACCCUAAAAUCCCAAAUCGAUUCUCGUUCUUCUUCUUCUCAAACUGAAAACAAUAAAAUCCAAAAUCGAUGCUCGUUCUUCUUCUACCAUUCCCAGUCGUCAUUCCUCGUUCUACUUCUAGGGUGUUGAUAUCAUUCGCCGCGCCGUUCUUCUUUGUCCAAACAAAGAAAUAGAAACUGAAUCUGAAAUCAAGCAACUUGUACUGAUUUUAUAGCCAUUAAGGAAUAUCUUUGCUAGGGGUUACUUGUGAAGAGUGAAGUUCGAUUCGUUUCCAAGAAUCUUACAGUGUGUGUUUCCAGAAGUUGCUGACUUUCUCUACAGAUAAUUAGUUAUUCUUUUGCUAUAGUUGCGUGACUAAUUAGCGUUUUUUGUUUAGCUUAUUUUGAAAUAGUUGCGUGAAUAAUUAUAGUGUUUUUGUUUACCUUAAUUAGUGAUAAUUCCAUGGAUAAAAAAUGGAUGAAUGCCGAUCGAUUGUCAAAAGAGUACGAGAAUGGGGUAUUGGAAUUUGUUAAAUUUGCUGUUGAACACGUCAAAGACGCCGGUCGAAUGAAAUGUCCUUGUUUGGGUUGUUGUUAUGGGGGUCGGGUUGACGCUGAUGGAUUGAAAUCGCAUUUACUGACGCAUGGGAUUGAUCGAAGUUAUAAGUGUUGGAUAUAUCAUGGUGAGAAAAUUAACGAGAAUGUUGAACCGGGGGAGAAAAGUAAUACGACGACCUAUGCUCCAGACGACAAUGACACAGAUACAUACGAUUGUGAUAGAGUCAAAGAGAUUGCAGAAGCACUUGAAGAAGUAAAGCCAAAGAGUAAAGCCAACAACAUCACAUGGAUUCGAGUGGAGUACUUUGAUGACUUCAAGUGUGCUACUUACUCAAAAUCUAAGUUGGAUGAACUUAAGGAGGAAUGGUGUCAAUUCAUGAUUGAGUUGAAAGUUGUAUAGGAUAUUGAAGGGUAAAAAGGUUAGCUGGCAAGAAGAAAAAGUAGAUAUUUAGCAUCCUUUUGACUUGUGUAAAAAAUAACAAUGUUUUGGAUGAUGCAAUUGUUUUCAUUCAAUUGGAUGUAAUUUUGUUGUUGUUUAUUAAUAUAUUCUUAGCAUAUAAAAAAUACAAAGUUUAUUCGUA